GUUGUUUUCAAUCAUAUAGCAUUCGCUGCACAUACUCAUCAUUAUUUUUGUUGUGAAAAUUCAUCUCACUACUGUAGCAUUUCAUGCAACACAAGAUGGAAAUACUCAAAUCCGAUUUUCAGAUGACCUGACUGGCAGCAAAUAUCAAUUUGCUGGAGUGUAAUGAUAAAAAUUUUCGUUGUUUUUCCUUGUAAAUUUUUUGUGCUCAUGGUGGAUUUAAUGUGGGGAAGAGUUUUAUAUGAAAACUGAGAGAGAGGAACAACUUUCUGGUAUAUAACAAAUAUUGUAAAAGUAACCUAAAUCAGCUGAAUCAAAAUGGUGGACAAGGCGACACAACAGCUGGAAGACGCGAUAAAGAAGUUGGAGGAAGAUCUGGACCGCUCCUACCUGCGUCGACUGCACGGCGAGAUGUACAGCUGUGCGGCCAAGUGUUGCGCGCGCACAUCCGAUUCCGUUCAACAGGUGAAAGAGUGCGUGGACCUGUGCAGGCGGCCUGUCGACCAGGCCUGGGACGACGUCGAGAGCGAGAUCAGUGUAUUUCAGGUAAACCUGAGCAAUUGCCUGAUGGACUGUGGCCAAAGUGUUCGCAAAGCCUACUCAGGCUCCAAUGUGCCCACACCAGAAAAAAUGGCAAACUAUGACAAGGAAAUGCUUGACUGCGCAGGAAAUUGUCUGCAGCGCAUGCUCAAAGCGGUUCCCGACAUGCAGAGACGAAUGUCCAAGACCCUUGAGAAAGUGACUAUUACAAAAAAGUAAAAAAGAUAUUGUCUGGAAAGGGAUUAGAACAUAGGAGAAACAAGUUGACUGAGUAAAAAAGAGGAACAAAUUUGGUGAAGUGUAGUGUUAGAGAAUUUUAGAAACUUUACAUAAUGAUUGAAAUGAAUUGAAGUUGUAAAUUUAAGCCACUAUACUGGAAAAUUUGAGUCACAAAAUCAUGGCAAUCUCAAGGUAGGCUCGUUGGUAAGUAUCAUGUUUGUAGAUAUUCAUACAGUCAUACAUGUAUCCAAAUGAGAAAAAACUAUUAUUUGGUGUCUCAAAAAUUCUAGUAUAGUGCAAUAUUGACAACUUCAAUUCAUUUCUAAGAUGUAAAUUAAUUUGUGAAUGAGAAUGAUUUCAAUUCAUGUGAACUUACUUUCCAAAUUAUUGUUGAUGUUGUGAAUUGGUUUUGUUUUGGUGGUAAAUUGUCUCGAUGUAAUAAAAAUCCGCUGUCAUGUAAAUUUGUAUAUUAUUUUGGUAUUAUCUGAAGCCUGUUCUAAGGCUGAAAACGUGAAGGUAUUUUGUGAUAUAAAUACCUAGCUACAUUUGGAUUGUUGUAAAAAUUAGAAUUGGAACCGUUUUGGGC